AUGCUGCUACAUCAGCCCCUCUCCUUUCACCUCAGAGCUUCAUCCAGGAGACGCUCAUAUCUCUCCUCCAGCAUUGAGACAUCAUCAUGUCAGUUUUUCAUAUUUUUGAGUCAGUCAUCAUGAUCAGAGUUUUCAUCACGUUCACACUCUCAUUGUUCUGGCUCACGGGUAAAAAAUAACAUGCCUGUAGAAUGUCUGUUAAUACCGAAAACACUCUCUGCUAAUAGUCUUGUGUCUGAUGAAUCAGUCUGUUUAAAUAUUCAUCUCUUGUUUUCUUCACAGGACGUUCUCUCGGCAGUAAAGUCAUCCAGGUUCCCUCAGCACUAUUGGGAAGUCCCAACAUUACAGAGAUACUCAAAUGCAACCAUAGUAUUAGUGCAUACAAUACUAUAUUGUGGUACCAGCAAUCAAUAGCUGAUACUAAUCUGAAACUGAUUGGAUAUGUGUUUUAUAAGAACCCAACAGUUGAAGAUCAAUUUAAAGAGCACGUUGAAAUCCGUGGAGAUGGAGAGAAAGAGGCUUCCCUUCAUCUACUGAGUCUGAGAGCACCUGAAGACAGUGCAGUUUAUUACUGUGCUGCCAGCAAAACACAGUGAUGUAGAGCACCUCCUCUCCUCUACAAAAACCCUCUGAUCCUUUACUCCAUAACUGUAGUGUACAUCAACACCUGCUGUAAACCGCUAUAGAUAUCCUGGGCACAUGGAGGAAGUUGAUAUUAAAACCUUUGAUCGUACCCAAUAAUGUGGUUGAAGUUGUUGCAUUAAAGAAGCGGUUCGGGUAUUUCCUUCAAAUUACAGCUUAUUUCUAGUCUGAUUAGUGUAGAAUAGAAAAUAGAAAAUCUUAAGACUAAAGCUUACAGUGACGUCGUUACCGGUAUGUUCCACAAUACACCUUUAAGUUGAACAGGAGAACAAUGCAUCUGUUUGAAUAUCAAUGUACAUUUUUUUUACAUUUUAGUCAUUUAGCAGACGCUCUUAUCCAGAGCGACUUACAGUUAGUUAGUGAGUGCAUACAUUAUUUUUUUCCAUACUGGCCCCCCGUGGGAAUCGAACCUACAACCCUGGCGUUGCAAACGCUAUGCUCUACCAACUGAGCUACAUCCCUGCCGGCCAUACCCUCCCCUACCCUGGGCCAAUUGUGCGCCGCCCCAUGGGUCUCCCGGUCAUGGCCAGCUACGACAGAGCCUGGAUUCAAACCAGGAUCUCUAGUGGCACAGCUAGCACUGCGAUGCAGUGUCUUAGACCGCUGCGCCAAUCGGGAGAAUGUACAUCAUGAUGUCAUUUCCUUUCCCUCUGGCAGCUCAGUUCUGCUCAUCUCUAUUGAAUGAUUCUCUUUUCACCCCUCUGGGCCCUGGUCAAAAGUAGUGCACUAUAUAGGGAAUAGGGUGCCAUUCUCUGGUCUAAAGUAGUGCACUAUAUAGGGAAUAGGGUGCCAUUCUCUGGUCUAAAGUAGUGCACUAUAUAGGGAAUAGGGUGCCAUUCUCUGGUCUAAAGUAGUGCACUAUAUAGGGAAUAGGGUGCCAUUCUCUGGUCUAAAGUAGUGCACUAUAUAGGGAAUAGGGUGCCAUUCUCUGGUCUAAAGUAGUGCACUAUAUAGGGAAUAGGGUGCCAUUCUCUGGUCUAAAGUAGUGCACUAUAUAGGGAAUAGGGUGCCAUUCUCUGGUCUAAAGUAGUGCACUAUAUAGGGAAUAGGGUGCCAUUCUCUGGUCUAAAGUAGUGCACUAUAUAGGGAAUAGGGUGCCAUUUGGGAUGCAACCAAUACAUUUGACACUCCCACUAGCUGACAACACAUCUCUGAAAACCUUUUCUCCUUGUCCAUGUGACACUCAUCUCUCCAGAACCAUCAACAUGAUCAAGCUUCUCAUACAUGUCGCAAUUCUACUGUGGGUGACAGGUACUAAAUCACUGUUAUGCAUGAAAGAUAUUUACAACCGAAAUGUAUUGCUGUCAAUAUGUUGAGUAAUACUGUCGAUUUUAGUUGUUCCGUUUUUUCAUCCACAGGGAUGUCACAAACAGACGAAGUCCAGCAGACUCCUACAGCAAUAAUAAAACGACCUGAAGAAAACGUUCAACUGAACUGCAGCCAUACUAUUCAAAACUACAACACUAUACUGUGGUACCAGCAGUCAGCACAAAACACUGCUCUGAAACUCAUUGGGUAUGUGCUACUCACCAAUCCAACCGUGGAAGAUUCCUUUAAAGAGCGUUUUACUGUGAGUGGAGAUGGUGCAAUUCGGAAAAUGGCGCAUCUACAUAUUCCCAAACUGAGAGGAACUGAAGACAGUGCAGUGUAUUUCUGUGCUGCUAGUUAUGCACAGUGUUUCACUAUACCCUCUCUCCUCUACAAAAACCCUUCUCUGAUCCUCUCAUAUAAUACUGACUACAGCUCUGUACACCUGCACCUGUCUUCAACAACACUUUGCUAUGAACCAUUGGACAUCAAACAGACG